CGACAGCCAGCGACUGAGCUAACGCGCCUACGGGCCUGUACGCCGGGAAAUCAAUUCGCUGGCUCGCCGUUUCUAAUCGAGCGGCGUGAGUGAGCGAGCGAGCGAGUGCGCCUGCCUGCCUGCCUUUGGUCAGCUGUCACUCGAAGGUCCAAGGCAGGGUGGCGUGAACCCUCCACUCACGCUGUCUGGCUGCGACUGCGAUCGUAUAUAGUGGACGGCCGCGCGCUGCGCUCUCUUUCUCUCUUUCCAACCACACAUCUCUUGUAGUUCACCAAACAUGUCGCAGCAGCACCACCUCCCCAUCCGAUCCUUCACCGAGGACUUCUACGGCAACGGUGGCACCUACCGCGCCAGCAAUGGUGCGCCCGUCGCCCACCCCUACGAGUCGCAGCGUCUCGGCCCCAAGGGCCCGCUACUGCUCCAGGACUUCCACCUGGUAGACCUCCUCUCGCACUUUGACCGCGAGCGUAUCCCAGAGCGUGUCGUCCACGCCAAGGGAGGAGGAGCCCACGGUGUAUACCGCACCACCCACCCCAUCCCCCACCUCUCCCGCGCACACAUCUUCGCCGAGAAGCGCGAGUGCCCGGUUACCGUUCGUUUCUCAACGGUCGGUGGCGAGUCAGGGUCACCCGACGCUGCUCGUGACCCUCGCGGUUUCUCCGUCAAGAUGCGCACCGAGGAGGGCAACAUGGACUGGGUGUUCAACAACACGCCCAUCUUCUUCCUUCGUGACGCCGCCAAGUUCCCCCACUUCAUUCACACUCAGAAGCGUGACCCGCAGUCCCACCUCACGCACGGUGACGACUCGACGCACUUCUGGGAGUACGUCGGUCAGGACCCCGAGGCUAUCCACCAGAUGCUCUACCUGUUCGGUGACCGUGGACGCCCCAAGACCUGGCGCCACAUGCAGGGCUACUCGGGCCACACCUUCAAGUUCGCCAACGCCGAUGGCUGGCACUACUGCCAGAUCCACAUCCUGUCAGACCAGGGUGUCGAGAACUUUGAGGACGACGACGAGGCCGACGCUGCCUCGCCCGACGUUCACCAGAAGGACCUCUACGAGGCCAUCAACCGUGGCGAGUACCCUACCUGGACCGUCAAGUACCAGAUCAUGACUCCCCAGCAGGCCCUCGAGGAGAGCGUCAACGUUCUGGACCUGACGAAGACGUGGCCCCGAGCAAAGUACCCGCUCCACGAGCUGGGCAAGAUCGAGCUGAACCAGAACGUUCAGAACUACUUUGCCGAGAUUGAGCAGGUGGCCUUCAACCCUGCCCACCUCGUGCCCGGCUUCGAGCCCUCGGCCGACCCGGUGCUCCAGUCGCGUCUCUUCUCAUACCCAGACACGCACCGCCACCGUAUCGGUGCCAACUACCAGCAGCUGCCAGUCAACCAGAACGUGGUCAAGGACCAGUUCAACUUCCAGCGCGACGGUGCCAUGGCCUUCUACAACUCGGGCAACCGCCCCAACUACCUCUCGUCGCUCGACCCACCGCGCACUCAGAAGCGUGAGGUCUACCUCGAGAAGCUCGCGCAGCACGAGGGUCACGAGAUCACCUACCUCUCGGGUAUCGUAGACGGUGACUUUGACCAGGCCCAGGCUCUGUGGAACAAGGUCAUGGACGAGGCACAGCGUAACCGUGUCAAGCAGCGUGUCGCGGGCCACAUGAAGACGUGCACGGACAAGGGCGUUCUCGCCCGUGCCAUCACCGUCUGGCACCAGGUUGACGCUGGCCUCGCGCAGCACCUUGCCAAGGAGAACGGCGUCACCUCGUACGAGACGGACAUCACCAAGUGCUCCUUCCUCGGCUCGCACAACUGGACCGGUGGCCGCACCCCGGCUUCAGAGUACGAGCGACAGGACGACGGUGUCGGUAACGCUGUCGCCGCCACUGCCAAGAAGGGUGCUCACCUCGCCAAGGCCGCUGCAUCAGGCAUGAUCAACGGCAAUGGCAAGGCGACCAACGGCGUAAACGGCAACGGUGUCGCUCACUAAGUGUCAGAUUUCAGACGUGUUCUUGUAGCUACGCCGUGACGACUGUACGACCCCGAGCUUCAUUUAGCGAAAAUAUAUCUAUAUGCUUGCAACGACG